CAGCGAACGUAAUUUCCCGUCUGAGUGAACCAAUGGCGAUCCAGGAGAUGGGUGCAAAAGGAGUGCGUAGCAACUGUGGUAAUGUAGGCAGUGGACGGGACUGCAUCCCCGCUGUACCUGUUUUAUUUCGCACCACCUACACUGCAUGUGAGCAUAAGCGAUGGAUUCGACAAUCAGGACGACACUUGCCGUUUUUCUGAGCCUAGUGGUGGGUAUGUUGGCCGUCGUGUCAGGCCACAGCCCCCGCACGGCUGACCAAGUGUCAGAGGCUGAGAUUCAGCGUUUGCUUCAUGGUGUGAUGGAACAGCUGGGCAUCGCUCGCCCCAGGGUAGAGUAUCCUGCACAUCAGGCCACCAAUAUAGUUGGUCCCCAGAGUAUCCAAGGGGGAGCCCAUGAGGGCCUUCAACAUCUCGGGCCAUACGGCAACAUCCCCAAUAUUGUGGCAGAGUUGACAGGGGACAACGUCCCCAAAGACUUCAGUGAAGACCAUGGGUACCCUGACCCACCCAACCCCUGCCCGCUAGGAAAGACAGCAGCUGAUGAGUGUUUGGAAAAUGCCCCAGACACUGCGGAGUUCAGCCGCGAGUUCCAGAAGCAUCAGCACCUCUAUGACCCAGAGCACAAUUAUCCAGCAUCAGCCAAGUGGAACAAGGAGCUGUUGUAUGGAAAACUGAAGAGUGGACCAAAGAGAAGAAAAAGGAGCGUCAACCCAUACCUGAUGGGGCAGCGGCUGGACAACGUGGUUGCCAAGAAAUCAGUCCCACAUUUCUCUGAGGAAGAAGACACAGUGACCAGCAUCCCUAAGCCCUGACCCAGACAUCACAUUUCUAUAUUACAAAGUUAAAACGGUGUAUGUCAAGUCAAAAAUAUGUUUUAACUAGUCACUCAAUUGCAAAACAGUUUGAUGGGCUGAAAACCCCCCUUCCAACACCUAAGACAUUGUGCUCACAUCUGUGUUGGGAUUGCUGUAUACUGAAAUUCUAUCUAAUAAAAUCUAUGUUCUUAUGCACA